AUGAUUUUGGAAAUGUGUCCAGAACAUGCUGGCACAAGUAUAAAACAGAAAGAGCGGAUAAAGAUCAGAGAAGCAGCAACUAAACUUUUCGGAUACUUGCAUGAAAUGAAUGCAAUAGUCAAAGAAGUUAGAAAUAGUAACCAAAUAAAACAAAUAGUCACUCAACCAACGUACAGUGAAAUCACUAAACAAGGUACUGGGAGUUCGCAUGCAGUGCUCUUAUAUCCUAAGGAUCAAGAAGAUGGUUCCGUGAUAGAUAUGAAUGAAAUAAUGGAAGAAUUAAAAAGCAAAAUUAAACCACAGGAAUUAAAAAUUAAGAUAACGGCAGUAAAAGAAGUCAAAGGUAGUGGUAUCUGUAUAAGAGUAGGUACUAAAGAACAAAGCGAAAUACUUGAAAAAAGCCUUAUACAAUUAAUAAUAAAAUUGUACGAUACAACAACUGGAGAAUUAUAUCGAAUAGCGGAAACAAAAAAACCGAAAAAUGGGAUUGUAGUAAGGAAAGAAGAUAUAGAAAUAGCACUAAUUCCUCAAUAUAGUAAUGAAAUAUUUACUACAAUAAUCAUUAACCAAGAACAACCAAUAAUAUUAAUAAAUAUUUAUUUAUCUCCCUACUCUGACGACAGACAAUGCAUUGCAGAACUAGAAAAAAUAGUAAGAAACUUUAGAGAUAAACAUAUAAUAAUAGUAGGAGACGUGAACGCAAAAUCAGCAACGUGGUUUCAUCCGCAAGAAGAUGAAAGGGGACGAUUAUUGAAUAACUUAAUGGAUGAAAUAGACAUGAUUUCAUCAAAUAUGUCAACAAGUCCAACUUUUUACACUGGUUUUGCUAAGGGGUGGACGGAUAUAUUUAUAAACACAACUGACCUCAGUCACAAAAUACGGAAUUGCGAAACACUAUUACAAACAUCGGCGAGUGACCAUCGCUAUAUAAUUGCAAAACUGCAAUUGAACCAGAAAAUAGAUCAAGAAAAAAGUAUUACAAUAAGAAACAUUAACUGGGAAUUAUUUCAAGAGACAUUUGCUAGAAAAUGGAGAGAUUACACGUCACAUAAAAUUAACAACAAACAAGAGCUGGACAAUUAUGUGAAUUAUAUUACAAAGAUUAUUAAAGAAACCAGUAACGAAACCAUGCAAGUUAAAAAGAUAAAGAAGAAUGCAACACAUUGGUGGACACAGGACCUUACAAACAGGAGAAGACAAAUCAGAAGAAUACGGAAAAAGAUACAAAGGAUAACAGAUGAAACGAAGAAAAAGAAGGAAAAAAAGGAAUAUAAUGCAACACUGAAAACAUAUAAAAAAGAAAUUAACAAACAAAGGAAUUCAGCUUGGAAGGAAUUCUGCGGAAAACUAAAUAGGACAGACCCAUGGGCAACACCAUAUCAGUUGGUCUUCAAGAGAAGAGAAAAAACGCACAUUCCGAACAUUCUCAAAAACGCAGAACAAGAUAUAAAUAUAGAAGAAAACAUAAAAAAGAUUCUCGAUUUUCACUUUCCUAAUGAUAAUACAGCAGAAGACUUAAACAUUCACAAAAACAUAAGGGAACUAGCACAAGUAAAUUCAUCAAAAGAAGAAGAUAAUAUUUUUACAUUUAAAGAAAUUGAGAAAGCGAUUAAAUCGUUAGCAAAUAAGAAAAGUCCUGGUUUAGACCAAAUUACUGCAGAAAUGAUUAAAAAAGUUUUCGACUACAUACCCAUAGCACUAGUACAUCUCUACAACGAAUGCCUGAGACUACAACAUUUCCCAUCUGUUUGGAAACAGGCAAAUGUAAAACUAAUCCCAAAAAAAGAAAAUCCUGAAAACCUGGAAGAUUACAGACCAAUAAGCUUAUUGCCUGUCAUGGGAAAGAUUUUGGACGGUUUAAUAAUUAAACGAAUAAAUUGGUAUCAACACAAAAAUGGAUUAAUGAAUAACAAUCAAUACGGGUUUAAACAAGGAAGGUCUACAAUUGACGCUGCACUCAAGGUAAAAGAAUUUGUAUUAACGGCGUGGAACAAAGGACAACAUGCAAUACUCAUCAAAAUAGAUUUCAGGAAAGCGUUCGAUCAUAUGUGGUGGCCGGGCAUCAUGGAAAGACUAAAUGAAAUACAAUGCCCACAAAACUUGAAAAAUAUAUUAAAUGAUUAUUUGACUGACAGGAGGGCUGGUUUCUAUUCGGAAAAUAUAACAAUAACUAAAGAAAUAACAAGAGGGUGCCUGCAGGGUUCCAGAAGUGGGCCUGGCCUCUGGAACCUUGCAUUUGAUAGCCUACUAAACAGGAUCCCAAAUAGUGAUAAUAUACGUAUACAGGCUUUUGCAGACGAUGCACUAGUCAUGAUAGCCAACCAAAAUUGCGACAGAUUGAGAGAAGAAUCAAACAAAAUACUAAAGAUAAUAAAUUAUUGGAGUAUAAACUAUAAACAGCCAAUAAAUCAUGCAAAAUGUGAAGCAUUAGUGUGUACAAGAAGGAAUAAAGGAAAUCAUCUUAAAAAACCAAUAGGAGUUAAAAUAGGAGAGAGAAACAUUAAAAAUGUUCAGAACAUGAAAUAUCUGGUAAUCUUUUUUGAUAGAAGUCUUAACUGGAAAACGCAUGUGCAAGAAAUAUAUACCAAAAUGAUUGAAAGAACAAACUUAAUUCAACAUAUAAGUAGAAAUACAUGGGGUCUAAAUCCAACAAACACACGUAUGAUAUAUAAGGGAGCAAUAGAACCUGGAGUUAUGUAUGGAAUACAAGUUUGGGGAGAAGCAUUACAAAAAUAUCACAAUAGAAGAAAAUUAGCAACAAUUCAAAGAAAAGCAGCAAUACGAAUAUGCAAGGCAUACAGGACCACACCAACAGACGCCCUAUUGGUGCUUGCUAAACUAAAACCUCUUCACUUGGUAGCAAAAGAUAUAAUCUGGGAACAUAAUUUGAUAAGAGAAAACAUAAAAACUAAAACAAAGGAAGAAAUUUCAAAUGAGAUAAAGGAAGGUAAACUUCCGAACAACAAACAACUAAUCAAAAUGAUCAUGGAAAACGAAACAGAAUAUAUCGAUAAAACAACAACCAUCAUAAAUCCAGCGGAAAAAGAGAGCUACAAAGUCAAUAUGAAAAUGCAAGAAACCAAUAAUAACAGAAAUCAUAUAACAGUAUAUACUGACGGAUCGAAAACUAGCUCUGGAGUAGGUAGUGGAAUAGUGAUAAUAGGGAAAGAAGGACAAAUGAUGUACCAGGCAUCGUUAAAGAUGGCUAAGUACUGUACAAUGGUCCAAGCAGAGAUUUUUGCUAUAUUCAAGGCCCUUGAAUAUAUACAGAAAAAUAAAAAUAGAUAUAGAAGCGAAAUAAAAAUAUUUACGGAUAGUCAGACGGCGCUAUAUUUAUUAAAAUCUAAAAACAGAAAAACAAAAUUAAUAAAUGAAGUAAUUGAUUUAUCUGAAAGAAUGCAAAGUAAAUGGAGAAUAAGUUUUAACUGGAUUCCUGGACACAAAGGACAUACAGGGAAUGAAAAAGCAGACCAGUGAGCUAAACGUGCAACAUUAAUAAACUCAAAGGAAAAUUAUACCAGAAUACCAGUGAAGGAAAUAAGAGAAGAAACGGAAAUACAAUGGCAACAAGAAUGGACAGUUUCAAUGACCGGAAGACAUUGUUUUAAAUUUUUUCCAAAAAUUAAACAAAGGUUACAGAACAAAAUAUUCAAGCUUUCCUUUGGAGUGACCCAAUACAUCACAAAUCACGGGAACUUCAAAGCAUAUUUAUGUAGAUUCAAAAAAGUAAAUAAUCCUAAUUGUGACACUGACACAAAGGAAGAAGAUAACGCCUACCAUUACCUAAUGGAUUGUACAAAGUACAACAGACAACGUGACCUCCUCAUUGAAAAUUGUUUGCGGGCGGGUCAUAACUGGCCCCCCAACGAGUGCGACAUAGUGAUGAACAGAAAUUUGUUCAAAGCUCUAGAACAGUAUAUAACAACAUAUGUAGAGAGUGCAGAAGAAGACGAACAAACGGACAAACCAGAAGAAGAACAAAUGGCAGACAUGACAGAAGACAGUGCAGAGGAAGAAGAUGAAGACGACGAUGGAAAUGAAGACUUCAGUUGGAAUGGUCAUGUCGACCAAUAUUAUACCACAAUGUGGAGGGUGAUCUCUGGCAACACAAAUACGAGACCGAAAAGUGGCAUAAUUGUAUGCUAUUCCAACAUAGACAUAGCCAAAAUCCCCCAUCUCUGUAGCGACAAUAUCACGACCACCAUUCUACAGUUGACUGAGCCAAUCAUUUUAAUUUGUGUUUACUUCUCGCCGGAAGAGGAUGACGAGGAGUGUAUCAGGGACCUAUCUAAUGUACUAAGGAAAUUAAAAAACAACAAAAUGAUGAUUAUAGGGGACCUUAAUGGCAAAUUGCCAGUUUCGUACCAUGAGAAGGAAGACAGGAGAGGCAGAAUGAUAACGGACGUGAUGGAGGAAUUCGACCUUAUCUCCACAAAUAUGACAACACAUCCUACGUUUUACACACCGUUCGCAAAAGGAUGGACCGACAUCUGCCUGGUCUCGAGCAACCUAUCCCAUAGGAUCAACAACUGUGAAACUCUUCUCGCUCCUUCGGCGAGUGACCAUCGAUAUAUUAUAACUCAAGUACAGGACAACACUGCAACUGUGAACCACAGGACAAACUAUUUCCAAACUAGACAGACCAACUGGACUGCUUUCAGGCAGGAAUUCGCUAACAUCUGGCAACAGUACGACUUUCCACUGAUCAACAACCAUGAAGAUAUCGACGAGCAAACUACUUUACAAACGUGGAAAACUCAUUGGUGGAACGGCACACUAAACCGAAUGAAUCGAGAAGUAAACAGAAUGAGGAAAAAGUUUAUCAAGAAAAAGAAUACGAGUGAAGAAAACCAUUAUAAGAAUAAAUAUAAAGACAUCCUAAAUCAGUACAAAAAACUUAUCAAUAAGACACAUACUAACUCCUGGAGGAAGUUCUGCACGGACUCCAACAGGAAUGGGCCGUGGGACUUACCGUACCACAUAAUCACAAAAAAGCAAAUAACAUCAUACCUCCCUGAUAUCACAGAAGCGGAUAAUGACGUAGAUAUCAACACCAACAUCGAGGAUAACGUCAAGCAAAUUCUGAAUUACCACUUUCCUGAAGACAGCCAAGGAAAUAAUACUAGAAAUCAAAAAAUUAUAAGGAAUAAUAUUCAGAACCCAAAUAACGAGACAAAUGAUAGACUUUUCACAUUUAAGGAGAUAGCCAAGGCAAUAAAGAGCAUGGCGAAUAAUAAAAUGGCACGGAUUGACGGGAUCACAGCGGAGAUGAUCAAGGAAGCAUACAAGGAAAUCCCUAUCGCCUUUGUCCAUAUCCUGAACGCAUGUUUAAUUGCGGGAUAUUUUCCAAACAAAUGGAAAAUAGCGAAUAUAAAGCUUAUCCCCAAAAAUGACAAUCCAAAGGAACCAAAACAUUACAGGCCCAUCAGCCUGCUACCCACAAUGGGGAAGCUUCUGGACGGCCUGAUGAUCGACCGUAUAAACUGGCACCUUCACAACACAAAGCAGCAAAACAUUAAUCAGUUUGGAUUCACACCGGGGAAGUCCACUAUUCAGGCCGCGUUACGGGCCAAGAAGAAGAUACACGAUGCUUGGAAAGACAACAAACACACGAUCCUUAUAAAAAUACACUUUCACAAGGCGUUCGACCACCUAUGGUGGCCGAGCAUACUCAGUAGACUUCGAAACACCAAGUGCCCGGCAAAUAUCUAUAAGUUAACUAAAGAUUAUCUAAAUAACAGGAACAUCACCUACCAAAGCAAUAGUUUCACGGGUAACAUUUGCAUUCUUACGGAUAGUAGAACCUCGCUACAUAACUUGAACAACCUGAAUAAUCCCACAACGUUGGCAAAUAAGCUACACUCAACAGCUAACAUACUAGGAUCCAAACGAAAUUUAACCUUUGGAUGGAUAAGAAGACAUAGCGGGAAUGAGGGCAACGAGACUGCGGACAAACUGGCCAAAUUAGGGGCCAAUACCAACAUAAUGCCUUCUUUCACGGACACACCACAGGUAACUCUGAAGAAACAUCUACUACAGAUUAUAAAUAAGUUAUGGCAGAAGGAGUGGGAGGAGGCGGUGACUGGGAGAAACUGCUUCCAGUACAUCUCCUCGAUACAGAUAAGGCAGAAAGCCAAACAUUAUGUGCCGAAUAAACUCACUACCGAAGUUCUCUUAGGACACGGGAAUUUCCCCGCCUAUCUCCAUAGGUUCAAAAUCAGUGACAAUGAUAAGUGUAUGUGUUCAGACACCGAAAUAGGCGACGCUACGCACUUCGCCUUUCUAUGCCCUAACUUUGACACUCACAGGACUGAACUCAUGACAAAAUACCUAAUUAAACAUCUGAAUUGGCCUCCAACACCGAAGAACAUCUUCGAAGAUAAAACAUUGUGGAAAACAUUCAAAGACUACAUAUAUAAAACAAAAGCCCUCGUGGAAUACAACACCGAAAAUGAACAAGACAACGAAGGAAACGAAACAACUGAGGAAGAAUACACCAAUGAAGACGAUAACACGGACGACGAUACGACACAGGACGAUAUUAUUUUGGUUUAUGGUGCGCAUACAGUAACAAAUCAUAUACCGUUGGAUUCAGCUAGACGAGAGGCGUCUAAUGGUACUAGUGCCUUACCCGAAUCACCAGUCCUAGCAAUGGAAGAAACCAAACUAAUUGAUACUUAUGACUCUGAGAGCACCUCCCAGGAACAAUUUAAUGAUAUUUCAACAAUAAUAAGCAAUGAAACAAUAUGCACUACAACAGAGGAAAAGAUACUAAGGGAGGCAAAACAACACUUGCAGAGGAUAAUGAAUUUGUUACCGGAGCCAUACAAAUCAAACAUUAAAACAGAGGACAGAAAGGAAAUUAAGGGUAGAGUGGCACAAAUGUAUGCAGUUGUACACCAAAUGUAUGGCAUACUUAAGGAAGUCAGGGCAGAAAAAGACGAAUCUAUAAAAAGAAUGAACAAAAAUAAUGACCGACCAACAUAUGCAGAGGUAGCAAAGAUGCAGCCAGUAGUUAAUGCAAGUAAAACAACAAAAACUAUUAUAAAAAACAUAGAAACAAGAGGGAAUGUAGCAAUACUGGUUUAUCCAAAUAAUGUAUCAAAUGCCGAAAAGGAUAUCCAGCAAAUAAGGGAACAAAUAACACAGAAAAUAAAACCACAACAGAUAGGGGUGACAGUUAGACAAAUCAAACCAAUAAAGGCAAAUGGGAUAUGCAUCAACGUAGGAAGUGAGGAAGAUGGGAGAAGACUGAAAGAAAAAAUAGAGCAAAUAUCAAACAUAAAGGAUAAAAUAACUUGUAAAUUAUCAGGUGGAAAGAAACCACAUGUAAUAUUACUAAAUAUUCCACAGAGUAUCUCAGAUGAGGAAAUAGUUGAAACUAUGAUAAAUCAAAAUAACAUAUGGAAGGAUAUAGACAGUGAGUACAUAAGAGACAAUUGUAACAUAAGUACUACAAUAACAAAAGGGAAGAUAAAAGAAAAUAGUAGGCAUGUGGUACUAACAAUGACACCUAGAAUAAGAAAUAUUUUAAUAGCAAAUAAAUAUAUAUUAAUGUCAUGGACAACACAACAAAACAGCAUGGACAGCAUGGAUAGCGGAGAAGAAAAUAACAAAGAUAACGAAGGGAUAAACAUUCUGCAAAUUAAUACACAAAGGGGAAAGGCACCCAGUUCAUUACUUUUACACAAGGCAAACAAACUGAAAAUGGAUAUAAUACUUAUCCAGGAACCUUACAUGGUAGAUAAAAAAGUGGUAAAAAUGGGGAACUGGCAGGUACUAUACAAGAGCACAGAGAAGAAACCUAAAAGUUGCAUUGCUGCAAACAACAAGGUUGAUAUAGCUUUAAUUCCAGACCUUUCCUCUAACAUCAUAACAACGGCAAUCAUUCACUCAACUCACCCGAUCUGCAUAGUGAACGUAUACCUAUCGCCCUAUAUGGAGGACGAAAUAGCAGUAAAUGAGAUAGAGCAGACUCUCAGGAAGUUAAACUCUCAAAACGUCAUACUAGCAGGAGAUAUAAAUGCCAAGUCAGGUAUAUGGUAUAACGAAAAGGAAGACAAGAGAGGUAGGCUUAUUGCAAACCUAAUGGAAGAGUUCGACCUGGUCUCGGUGAACAUGACCACACAUCCAACAUUUUUUACGUCACAGGCUAAAGGUUGGACGGAUGUAUGUUUGGUCUCGUCGGAUAUUGCACAGUUAGUCGAAAACUGUGAGACGCUGUUGGAUACCUCAGCAAGUGAUCAUAGGUACGUUUUCACACAGAUUAAGCAUAUUCCCUUCAGAGGAGUACUCACACAUAAAACUGUUAAGCUGACGAACUGGGAAAACUACAGGGAACUCUUCAAUAACAACUGGAUGUCACACAACUUCCCAAAAAUAAAAACAAGGGAGGAUAUAUAUAUUUACAUUGAGAAGAUAACAGCUGAUAUGCAAAAAGCUGGUAAGGAGUCAGCAGGAUUAAAACAGGUUAAAAGAAAGAAAACACAUUGGUGGACAAGUGACUUAGAGAGGAAAAGAAAACAAGUUAACAAAAGUAGGAAGAAAUAUCAAAGAGUGCUUGACAAAGAAUUGAAGGAAGAAUUGCAUAAAAAAUACCAAAAACUCAUAAGAGAAUACAAGAAGCUUAUUAACAAAACAAGAAGUAAAGCUUGGCGUGACUUUUGUGAAAAAUCGAAUUCUAAAGGUCUAUGGGAAACGCCCUACCAACUUGUUUUCAGAAAUAGGAAGAGACUUAAAAUCCCUGAUAUACUCGAAGGAAAAGGGGAAAGCGGAGAGAAUGAGAGAAAAGACAUGGAAGAAAACAUAAAAAGAAUUCUUCAAUUCCAUUUCCCACAAGAUAUUAUGCAAAGUAAGAAGGAAGCAAACAAAGGAAAUGAAAGAGAGAAAGAGAAUAACAAUAAGGAGGAUAACGAAUCGUGUAAGCUCUUCACAUUUAAGGAGAUAAGCAAUGCAAUAAAAACUCAAAGGAAAAGGAAAGCGCCAGGAACCGAUGGGAUAACGUCGGAAAUGUUAAUGCAGGCAUACCAAGAGAUUCCAAUUGCAUUUGUGUAUCUUUAUAACGAAUGUCUUAAGCAAAACUAUUUUCCCACCGCCUGGAAAACUGAAAACAUUAAGUUAAUCCCCAAAGUCGAAAAUCCCACAAAACCAAAAGACUACAGUCCAAUUAGCCUUCUUUCUACAAUGGGAAAAGUCCUAGAUGGGCUGUUGAUAAGUAGGAUAAAUUGGGGAUUACAUAAUACUAAUAAUAUGCACAAAAACCAAUUUGGCUUUAGGCCAAAUAGUUCCACAAUGCACGCAGCAUUAAGUGCCAAGGAAUUUGUUUAUCAGGCGUGGGAACAGAAUAAACACACAUUGCUCAUCUCUAUCGAUUAUAAAAAAGCAUUUGACCACCUCAGGUGGCAGGAUAUAAUGAAAAAUCUCAAAGGUAUAAAGUGUAUUCAAAAUGAAGUCAAGCUAAUGGAUAGUUACCUGAAUAACAGACACAUUGAAUUUCAUACCAAUCACAUACACAUAAAAAGGAAGAUAACUAGAGGAUGCCCCCAAGGCUAGAGAAGUGGCCCUGGGUUAUGGAAUCUUGUGUUUGAUAAAUUACUAAAGGAGUUUGAUAGAUAUGAGGAGGUCAAAGCUCAAACGUUUGCGGACAACUUGCU